CAACGUCCCUGCAUUUACAGGUUUUGUAAGCUUUGCAAAAACCGCAGUGUGAGCCGAGCACAGGUCUACCAGCAUGACCAGAAAAUUUGUGUCUGUCGUUUAUUUUCUCGUGAGCUAAAUCUGUGCAAAGGUGUCGUAUGCUCUUGAUAGGAUCUGAUUUAUAACGAUCAUCUUUCAUUGUCAUCUUAACCUGAUGAGCAGUGGAACCGGAUGGGAAAGUAAAAAUUUACAGGUACAUGUAGACAAUUAAAAGAAAAGUACGAAGCAAACAUUACCGGUUGCCAAGCGCCCACCUCUUAGACUCCGCCCAUCACCACCUUCCAGCCACGCCCACGGUCCUCCUCAUCCUCCAGCCACGCCCACCACCAUGCUUUGCUUCUAUCUUCUCCUGGGUAUCUCCCAAGCGCUAGCGGUUAUCAUCCUGAUCCUAGCGGGGUUCUGGACCGGUCACACCCUCGGUGGAUUCGCCUGGGAUGGUACAUCGAAGGAAUUCAAUCUUCAUCCACUCCUCAUGAUCCUCGGGUUUAUAUUCCUAUACGGAGAUGCAAUACUGAUGUUCCGUAUCCUCCGAACCGAGAACAAGACGGCUGUGAAAGUGAUCCAUCUUCUGAUGCAAGCUCUUGCCUUGAUUUGUGCGUGCAUCGCACUUAAAGCUGUCUUUACUUUCCACACCGCCAUGGGUUUCCCGCAUCUUUACUCGUUGCAUAGCUGGGUUGGACUGACUGCUUUUAUUCUAUUCUCUCUUCAGUGGAUCGUUGGCUUUGUCUCGUUCUUCUUCCCGAAGCUACGAGAGGAUUUCCGUGCAUCAUAUCUUCCCAUCCACCGGUACUUCGGAGUCGCCAUCUUUGCUACUGCUGUAGCAGCUGCCCUUAUUGGAAUUAAUGAGAAAUUAUUUUUCGUUUACUCUGGAACGGACGGUAAUGAGAAGUACGCCUCUCGCCCGAACGGAGCCUACGUGGGGAACUUCUUAGCCUUCUUCAUUUUGAUCUUCGCCCUCAUCGUUGGCUUCCUCGUUACCCAUCCCAAAUAUCUCCGAGAACAACAACCCAACGAAGAGACCAUGCCCCUGGCGUCAUCAGCAGCCAUGAGACAGUUCCAGUCCACCGACCAAGUCCCCGAAGCCGAGGAGGCGAAGUAGAUUAGACAAAGACCGCGCUUCGAUUUGAUUUGUGUUUAUGGCGCAUGUUUUGCUUCGUUGUACACUGAGUUUCUCGUGCGGAGAACAACUAAUUUUCUGAGUUCUUUGUAUUGCUAUUAACAUCUUGCCCACACUGUCUAAAAAAUUGGUCACAUUAGGCCUACUUUGCAUGAUAGGCAUAACAUUAUUCUGUAUGUUCGGGGGGGGGCAACAUUGGCUAGAGUGUUAUAGCUGACAUUAAAAAAAAUUAUGUGAACUGGGUUGCUUUCUAACCAUAUCUCUCUUUUGAUGAUCUCCUUUUUCUUUGUGUCUAUACUUUUUGUGGUACUUGAAAAAUCACGGGGCAUCACUUUGCCCCCCCCCGCCGUAGUGCCACCAUAAAAACAAAGUUUGUUCACCAUAUGUAAGUAAGUGAGUGGAUAACAUCAUCCAUAUUAUCAGCUCACUUAUGUUUUUCUUACAUCUUCUUUCAUACCUCUUUGUUUUGAUGAAAUUCUGAACGUAAAUUAUUAAAGUUAUUUUUAAUAAAACCUCUCCCUUGCAUAAUAGAUUUUUAUUACUAGUAAUCAAUACGAAAUUAAACAUGUUUAACAUUUUUCUUUUUUUAAUCAAAAUAUUGAGUAAAGACCCUAUAUCAAAAAGUUAAGCUUAUCAUUUCUCUACUAUAUGCUUUUCAUCAAUUCAUCACUGUAAAAGUUUAAUGAUCACUUCCAGCGUUCAUUAAUUAUUUUUUUUCGUAAUUUCUUAUCAUUCUGUUAUUUUUCAUCAGAUCUGAAAACCCCAAGGUUUUCCACACUCUGAUUCUACUCUCUUAACUCAAUCCAGUAAGGAUGGGAUUUCCUUAAAAACAUCCCUACUUGAUAAAUCAUGUUUAAUGAUACCUCCUUCAGCUUUCUACCCCCGUUUAUCUACAGUAUUAAGUUUGUCAGUAUCUUGCCGUCCGUCACAGCGAAAAUUAGGCUUAGUACAGUUAUAAUUUUUCACCCAUUAAAACCUAUGAGUUUCUUGUUUAACUCACAUAAUUCAUAAUCUUGCAUUUUACGUUUAAUUUCACUGGACCAUAAAAUGGUUCACAACUAAGGAGUGGUAAAGCUCAUGUGAGAAUGUGCUUGCACCAUUUUCAAAUAUGUAUCAAUGUUGUCCGUCUACUGCCCUUAUUUACCUAGCAGCUAUAAUAUUUGUUGUGUUACAGUGGUCUACAAUAAAAGUAUUUGAGUCAUAAAUAGCUUUUCGUAAAAACUUAAAAAAUGAUCAAGUGAUUCAAAUAGGCGAUCUUCGUUAUUAUUUGAUGAAAGUAAUACAUGUAUAUUAAUUCAGUAUUCAGAUAUUGUUUGGAUUGGACAGUUCAUAAGAGAUCAGCUGACCACUCGCGUAUCUCUGAAAUCUAAAUUCACCAAAUUCUGAAAGUUUACUUUAUAAUCUUCUUUGCCGCAAUGUCGGGCAAUCUUCGGUAAGUGACGAGAAUCAUCAAGGACAUAUUUUUUUAAAGAGAUAGAGCAUAUGAAGAUCAGUGAAUAUUUGAAUUAAUUGGUGUGUUUAAGAAAACAGUUUUAAAGACCGGCUAAGACUACACUCUUCACACAACUCGGUCAAAUGACCAGUGGUCAGCUGGGUGCGAAUGAUAUGUUUUGUCACAUUUCUGAAUUAUAUAGUAAAAAUAACUACGUUUCGACUAGAAAAUAGUCAAAUAUGACUAAAAUAGCAGUUGUAUCCAACUGACCUUAUCAUCUAGUCAUUUUUGACUGAUUUGUUUUCAGAGUGUAAGAGACAAAUAAAAUCGAUAAAUUCCACACACCGCCGCCUCAAUUUGUAUUCAUGUGGUAAGUGAUUUUAUUGUUUGACUUCACGUCUAAAAAAAAUUUAUCAAUUUGUUGUAUAUAAUCAUGGUAGUCAUGGAAGUGUUUCUAGCUGUUGACUAUAUAAAAUGUCUGUAGAUUACAAUAUGCCUGAUAGAGUGAUUUGAGUUGUUCGAAUAUCAUGAUGACUAAUGAUCAGACGAGGCAGGAUGUGCAACAUUAGGAUUAAUAUUUGUUAGUUAAAUUCUCUUUUUAUUUAAAUUUCAGAAUUCGAUUUCUAAAUUACUUUCUUGAUGUCCCAGGUCCUAGGUCGUUUUUAAAUUUGCACUAUGUAUUAUGUUUCAUUGCAAUGCUUCGAAGGUUCAGGUAUAUUACGUUAUGCAUAUAGGUUUAUGCAGAUUAUUCCUCAUGCAAUUAUCAUCAUGAUUUGAGGUUUGUGUUUUGUUUUGUCCUCAUGUUUUAUAGUAUUCUCUUUUUAUCGUAUCAGUCUUAGGAAAAGGUAGACAUCAUAAAAGCUUGAAUGUGAAUGUGAUGAGCCUAGAGCUUUAGAGAAAUGGCGUAAUUAUUGUUCAUUUCUCAUUCUGAAAAUAUUGGUUUCUUCCAUUGCAUAAUAAGUGAUGAUAAUUGAUGAUUAUCAAUUCUGAAUCAUGUGGUUCAAUCUUAACAAAAUUAAUAUAAACUGACACAAUCUCUAAAAAAAGUGAAUUUUGAGUAAAUCGACAGUGACAUUUGGACAUUAUUUUUAUAGUCUGUCCGUGACGUAUGGAAUUACUCAAGAUCAUUAAGUGCACGACACUAAAACAAGUGUGCCUACAUUUUAGCCUAGAUUUACUCUGAAUUAUAGUAAAGAACAUUAUUAAAACCUUGCCCUUCUGAAUGUACGGUUAUUUCCUGUAAAUAAGAAUAUUCAUACGGUAUAUUGAAUCUAUUCCGUUUUUUGUUUUUCUUCAAAGAUAUGCUAUCCAGCAUGUUACUUAAACACCUUGGAAUUGUGUUAAAUUUUGUCGUUUUGAUUAUUCAAUCAAGUGCUAUUUUUCUUUUAUCAAUCGUUAAACCAACCUAUGUGCUAUAAAUGUAACAACGUUGUAUGAAUUAUUUCACGAGGUGUAUAUUUAUUAUAUAUGUCGGGUUAAAUUAUUUAUAAAUAGGGGAGGAAAUUAUUUUGAUAUUUUAGUCCGUGAUAGUAGGCAUGAGUAUUAUAGAUGAUUCUAGAACUAAUGGAGAAAAUAAUCAUAGAAUAUCAAUGAUAUACAAAAUAUCUGUUUGAAGCCUUUUUAUACAUGUAUUCAACACGCGAGCAUAUUCCUUCCAUUCGAACGUUCGAAGAAAAAGUUUAAUGGUCCUUAAACAUGGAACCGACAUACCAUUUAAUUUAAACCAAUUAACGAUUAUAUUCAAAUUUAUUCAGGUACAUAAAAAACUAAGAUUCCCUAUGGGUGCUUUGGCGUGCGCCUGUAAUUCAAACUACAUGUAUGUGGGGAAGUUACAAAUUGAUGCAGAGGUUUCGGCUCGAGCCCUGGUCACGUCUUUCGGUUGGGAACGUUAAAGAUCGGUCCCAGGGAUAAAUAAGUCUGAUUCAUACACAUCUGACAAAACUUAAUUACACCCACACACAAUGAAAUAUAACAAGAUACACGUCUUGUAUCUAUUGCAUUUAAUAAAUUCAACAAAGAAUGCAGUGACAAACCCCUCCUAAUUAUUUCCCACAGUGCACUGUAAUUCGUUUUAAUGAUCAUAGUGUAUUUUAAGGCACUUUAUUAAGAAAAUAUUAAACAAACUUUAUAUGCAUGCCUUAAAUAGUUUAACUAAUUUUUGUCUUGUAUUACGAAAUAUUGGUAUAGAAAGCAGUAAGAAUAUAUGGUGUAUCGUUCGUAAUUGCUGGAAGUAAAAUCUAAAUAAAAACGACAUUAAAGUUAAACAUUAUC